AUGGCCCCGGCAACCGUCACCGUCGUCUACCCACAAGGCGCCAAAUUCAACAUGGACUACUACAAAUCCACCCACAUGCCGCUCGUCCAAGAGAAGUGGGGUAAACACGGCUUGAAAUCCUGGAAAGUCAUCCAGUUCUCCAACGACUCGCCCUACUGCGUGCAAGCCACACUCGAAUGGGACUCAUUGAGCGAUUUCCAAAAGGCGGGCGGCAGCCCAGAAGCCAAGGACGUCAUGGCAGAUAUUCCAAAUUUCAGCGAUAAAGAGCCUGUGAUCAUGGCUGGUGAGGUGCAGCUUACUUCGUAG